AUUCUGCUAAAUGUUCGCUGCUCGUGCAUUAGCUGUUUCGUCCGCCAUUUUGUUUUUCGCCUAACUCUGGUUUGAAGUUAAUUUUUAAGGUAAUUUACCCAUCUCUAACAUUUUAGAAUUCUAAUGCACUAUAUAAAAAUUGAUAAAGAGUUUAAAGGCCCUAAAAUAGUAUUAGUUGUUGUUUAAUCAACGAUGCGAUUUGAAUUUAAAAUAACAGUCAUACCGGUAAGAGUCCACCAGUAUAUUUUCUUACAAUAAGAUCAUUCCGUAUUGCAGCUAAGAUCAUCUUUGGUCAAUGCAAAACAUUAUAUUCUUACGAUUAAAUAUUUUUACUUUAGGACUUGUUCAAAAAUAACAAAUAAAACUCUAUGAGUAUACUAUUUACAUAUCGCAUAUUAGGUUCUUCAUCCAUUCAUUCAAAGGAAAUACAUUGUUUGGAUUUUUUUUACAGACGUAGCUCAUAGUGCACAAAUAAUCGUAGUAAAAUUUCAUGUAUUCAGUUCUUUAGGAUCUAAUUUUUAUUUUAUGUUUUCUUUACAGUAAGAUAUUAAGAUUCGGAUUAUAACCCCAAAACUAUAUUUGUAAUUGUUUGAUAAGAUGGGUGACAGUGAUGAAGAAUUCGAUAGACGAAGAAACCGUGAUAAGUUUCGCAGAGAACGAAAUGAUUAUGAUCGGGGGGGCAGAAGAGACGGCUGGGACAAUAGAGUAAGAGACGAUUGGGCUAGAAGAGGACCACCAAUGAGUCGUUAUGAUGAAAGAAGACGCUUCAGUCCACCAAGACAUGAUAUGAGUCCACCACCUCAUAUGAAAAGAAUGAGGAGAGAUUGGGAUGAAAGUGGCUACGGCGCUCCGGAUCACUGGGAUGGAGGUCAAAAGAUGCAGGAACCAGAUUAUCCCACGCAGCCUGUAAUGCAAACAUUCAAGCAGUUUUUGCAAUCACAAGACGAUUCUAUCAGUGACGAUGACGCUGUCAAGAAAUAUGCGGAGUAUAAACAAGAUUUUAAGAAACAGCAAAUAUCUGAAUUUUUCUUGGCUCAUAAAGAUGAAGAAUGGUUUAAAGCUAAGUAUCAUCCGGAUGAAUGUGACAAAAGAAAGACUGAACAACGAGCUGCUAUCAAACGGCGCUGUGAUGUAUUUUUAGAGUUAAUGAAUACUGGGUGGCUGGACAAUCUUGAGCUCGAUUGCGAAAAACAAAAAGAUAUUGCAAAAAUAUUAGACGCAGCAGUUAUUUUAAUGGAAGGGGGAACAGAUUUUGAUCUAGCUGUGUUAGACCAGAUUGAAUCAGAUAUAAAAGAGUCUAGAUCCGAACCGAAAAUUGAAAUAAAAGAUCGAGUUCAAGAAAAUAAGCCAAUUGAAAACAAGAAAAAGCGAAAAUUAAGUGGAGAUGACGAUGAUGACAGUAAUAGCGGAAUAUCUAGUAAUUCGCUUUCAGACAGCGAAGGUGAAGAAAAAGCCGCAAAGCCAAAUGCGAAUAACGAAGUAUCCAAAAUGGAUAAUUCUAUUGAGGACAAUAACGUGUCACCAGCUAAAGAAGAAAAUGAUGAAACAAAUAAAAAGGAGGACGAGGAGGAAGAAGAACCUGCUGAACCAGAUGAAAUAAAAGAAAUAGAAAGUCCAUCAGAGCAGCCAGAAGAAGAGAGAGAAAAAGGAGCGGAAGAUGAAAAUGAUAGAGAAAAAGAGACUGAAGAGAAACAAGAGGAAGAAAAACAGGAAAAAGAAGAAGAAAAGAGUAUACACCCCAGGGCUCUGCAUAAAACUUUAUCUAUUUUUCUCAGAAAUUUAGCACCUGCUAUUACCAAGCAAGAAGUUGAAUCGAUGUGUAAACGCUAUCCUGGAUUUAUGAGGGUUGCUAUUCAAGAUCCACAGCCCGAGCGUAGAUUUCAUAGACGAGGUUGGGUUACAUUUGAUCGGAGUGUAAACAUUAAAGACAUAUGCUGGAAUUUAAAUAAUAUUAGACUUAGAGAUUGUGAUAUGGGAGCAAUUGUUAAUCGUGACUUGAAACAACGUGUUCGACCUGUAAAUGGAAUUGUUUCACAUAAAGAGAUAGCCAGAAUGGAUAUACGUCAUGCAGCAAGGGUAAUUGUUGCACUAGAUAAUCGGGCUGACUUAUGGAAAGAAUCUAAUCAAGAGGAAAAUAAAACUCAACCUAGUGCGGAAUUGGAUUUAGGUUUAAAAAGCAAGAAUCCUUUAUUGAAAAAUAUUACGGACUACAUGGUCGAGGAAGCUGACUGUGAAGAGCAGGAGCUCUUAGGAGCUGCGGGUGAUGGUGAAGAUAAGAAAGAAGGUGGUAGUACUAAAGUUGAGACUGAUGACGAACUCAACAAGGUUUUAGAUAAACUGAUACUUUAUCUUCGCAUUGUUCAUUCUUUUGACUUCUAUUCUGUUGGCGAAUAUCCAAAUGAGGAUGAAAUGCCUCAUAGAUGUGGCAUAAUACAUGCUAGAGGGAGCGCCCCUAUAAAUUUAAAUGCGCACGCUUUCAACACAGCAGUAACGGAAUGGAUACACAAUUUUGAACAAAAAAUGUUACCAUGGGUAGAACUAAAGACGAAAUUAAACGACGAAGAUGCUGAAAAAUUGGGCAGGAAAUCUGAAGAUGCUGAAGUAGAAAAGUUUAUUGAAGCAAAUACGCAGGAAAUUACAAAAGAUAAAUGGCUGUGUCCUUUAAGUGGAAAAAAAUUUAAAGGACCAGACUAUGUUCGAAAGCAUAUUACUAACAAACAUGAAGAUAGAGUUCUUGAAGUGAAGAAGGAGGUGUCCUACUUCAACAAUUACCUAGCAGACCCUAAGAGACCUCAACUUCCGGAGCAUCCCAGCCGUUCUGCGACUACUAUGCAUACUAGAACUUCUGACUAUCAUCAUCCACCCCAUUCUUAUGGACGAGGUCCACCAAAUUAUGGAGCACCUCGCGAAAGAGCUAGAGGCGGCUAUGGUUAUCCACCUCCACCAAGGGAUUAUAGAGAUAGGAGAAUGCCACCGCCACCUCCUCACAGAAUAAUGGGCAGAGGCCGAAUUGAUCCAAGGCCGAUGGUUGAUUAUCAUGAUUUGGAUGCUCCAGCGGAUAUGGAUAUACUUUGA